AUGGCAGGCAGAAGCGGGAACACCGUAUACUCUGCGACCUAUAGCAAUGUUCCAAUAUACGAAUUACUUGUGGAAGGCCACCAGAUCAUGCGCCGUCAGGGCGAUGGGUGGUGCAACGCGACUCAUAUCCUAAAAUUGGCGGGGUUAGACAAGCCUGCCCGCACAAGAGUCCUCGAACGAGAGGUGCAGAAGGGUAUCCACGAGAAAGUCCAGGGCGGGUACGGCAAGUAUCAGGGAACCUGGAUUCCACUGGACGAUGGACGAACUCUUGCAGCCAAGAAUGGUGUCCUCGAACAGCUUCGUCCGAUCUUCGACUUUGUCCCAGGUGACCGUAGCCCGCCACCGGCCCCAAAGCAUGAGACGGCUGCAUCUUCUAAGCCACGAGCGCCACGACAAGCCGCCCAGCGCAAAGCACCCGCAGCAAACAUGUACCAACAACAACAUCAUCAUCAAAAUUACGAUCAGAUGGACGUCCACGAAGAGACACCCGACAACGAUACCGUAGCCUCGGAAUCGCAAUUCGACGAAUACGACAUGGCCCCAUACACUGGCGGAUCACGGAAGCGGAGACGAAUCGAAGAUCACAUGUCGCAGGCUGAUCGUGAGCAUCAGCUGUGGGCGGAGGAGCUGCUGGACUACUUCAUGCUGCAAGAGGACCCCAGCAUGGAUGCAAUGGUCCUUGCUCCUACACCACCAGGCAAUGUCGAUAUCAACCGACCCAUUGAUGAAAAGGGUCAUUCUGCUCUGCAUUGGGCAGCAGCUAUGGGCGACAUUGAGGUCGUCAAGGAUCUCAUUCGUCGUGGUGCUUGGACUGACAGUCAGUCGAAAUCUGGUGAGACACCACUCAUGCGAUCAGUCAUCUUUACAAACAGCUUCGACAAGCGGAACAUGGAGAAGUUGGCCUCGCUGCUCAUUCGUACGGUCAAUAUGCAAGAGUGGUCUGGCAGUACUGUCUUCCACCAAAUUGCAGGCAUUACGCAAAGCAAGAAGAAGUACGAAUGUGCGAGGUACUACAUGGAUUGCAUCUUGUCGAAGAUGACUGAGACUUUGUCACCUGGCGACGUGGAGAGAGUGCUAAACGAGCAGGAUCGUAAUGGAGAUACUGCCAUCACGAUAGCGGCACGAUACGGAGCGCGAAAGUGCGUGCGUAGUUUGAUUGGAAGGAACGCAGCUGUUGAUGUCAUGAAUCUCGUGGGCGAGACAGCCGACCAACUGAUCGUUCAGCUGAACCACCGCCGUCAAGAACGCAACCGACAGUUCUCCUCGUCACCUUUCCAAGCUGCAGAAGGUUCCUCACGCCUGCACACUAUAGGUGGCGCAGUCCAGGCCCCUUCCAUGUCGAGCAUCGCAAAUGGCAUUCCAUUCGAUCCACUGAUCCCACACACCUCCCUGACCACUGUCAAUGCAAGUAAUGGCACACUCGCACCUUCAUCGGCCACAACGCCAGGCAGGGAGGUGUAUAGCUCGGAGGUCGCACUCACGCUGACCUCAUCUCUUCUUCCUACCAUCAUCACGAAGACGCGCUCCUUGGCCUCUGCUCUCGACGCAGAAAUGGCGGACAAGGACUCUGAAGUCCGAGAAGCAGAACGUGUCAUCGAGCGGAGGAAAGCAGAACUAGAAGGGCUAAGGCGACAGAGCGAGGAGUGGACAGCGCGGGAUCUCGAGCUCGCCACCGAGGUGGGUGAAGAAGAGGAGGAGCUGGAGCGCGUGCUCGCCGAACUAACAGGCGAAUGCGAGAGCCUGGUCGAGAGCGAAGAAGCAGCUGCACUAGCCGACCACGUCAAAGCUGAAGACAAAAAGGCUGCCAAAUCCUCAUCUUCGCCUCACCUGCCAAGCGACAGUAGUGAGAUGGAUCUCGACCCCCACAGCUCAGCCUAUCUAGAGCGCAAACUCGCACUCGCACGCCACCUCUCCUCCUUACAACUCCAGCGGAAGGAGCUGAUCAAGACCAUCGUCCGCAACAUCUCGCUCGCUGGCGACGUAGGAGCGGGUUCGGAGUCGGCGAGGGAGAAGCAGAGACAGUAUAGACGGCUUAUCACUGGUGCGCUGAAUGUUAGGGAGGAGGAUGUCGAGGGUUUGUUGCCGGAGAUUGUGGGGGAGCUUGAGGAUGCUGAGGUUGUGGGCGGGCUGGUGGCGUAG